GCCGUUGUUUCGUAGAGGCCUGUACAAGUGACAGCUGACACAAUGAAGCUUCUGGUGCUCGCUCUGUUCGUCGUUGGUGCUUACGGCUGUGGCCAGCCCACCUUCCCUCCUGUGCUGAGCAGGGUGGUCGGAGGACAGGAUGUGAGGCCCCACAGCUGGCCCUGGCAGAUCUCUCUGCAGUACCUCGCUGGGGAUCGCUGGGGUCACACCUGCGGAGGCACCCUCGUCUCUGACCAAUGGGUGCUGACUGCCGCCCACUGCAUCGGUAACAGACAAUACAGAGUGGCCUUGGGCAAAAACAACCUGUUGGAGGAGGAAAAUGGCUCUAUCUACCUGGGCACCUCCAAGAUCAUUGUGCACGAAGACUGGAACUCUUUCUUCAUCCGUAAUGACAUCGCCCUGAUCAAGCUGGAGUCCCCCGUCCCCUUCUCCGACACCAUCCAGCCCUCUUGUUUCCCCCCGAAGGACUACAUCCUGCCCAAUCACGCACCGUGCUACGUCACCGGCUGGGGACGCAUCUACACUGGAGGCCCCAUCGCUGACAUCCUGCAGCAGGCCCUCCUCCCUGUGGUGGACCACGCCACCUGCACUCUGCCCGACUGGUGGGGCUCCCAGGUCAAGGAGACCAUGGUGUGUGCUGGAGGAGAUGGAGUCGUGUCCGGCUGCAACGGAGACUCUGGUGGCCCCCUGAACUGCCAGAACAGCAGUGGCAUCUGGGAGGUUCAUGGCAUCGUCAGCUUCGGCUCUGGCCUCAGCUGCAACAUGGCCAAGAAGCCCACCGUGUUCACCAGGGUCAGCGCCUACUCGGACUGGAUCAGCGCUCACAUGACGUCCAAUUAAGAAGACUCAGCUUUUGGAUUGUCUUUGGUGAUACAGAUCCAAUAAAGUCUCACAUGUG